GACAGAGUCCUUAAAGGCCCUAUAUUUUAAACCGUGAGUCUAAAUCUACCGAAUAAAAAUUAGGAAGUUCUUUACAACUAAAUACAUCUUGUUGAUUAUCCAGCAAUGUCGAAUAUAAAGAAUGUAAAUACGAAUAUUUAGUCCAAUGGUUGGCUAACAUGUAUUCCCCUACUUCCUCGUCAUCAAUUUUAUCAUGCGGUCGAGAAAUAGAAAUAAUGGUGGGUUCCGUGCGUGGUGCGUGUAUUGACGACCUAGUUCAGUCUGUCAGUCUUCAUGUACGCAGACAUCUCUUGUUUCACGGGUAUAUAUUACCUUUCCUCUUACUCUAUGGAAGCUGGUUCUAUGGAUGGGUAUUUGUAUACGGCGUCGAAGAUUAUUAUGAAGCAGGACUCAUAGGAGUGGCAGUCAUCGGAUUGUUACAGAUUUUGACCUGUUUAUGUUGCCAUUGGUCGGUUCACGUGAAAUGUUUUUUAACGUGUAGUUCCACUAAAGACCCAAUAAAAGCACAAGUCGCUAAAGUUAUUCCUACAGCAAAUAAUGGUUCUUCAGAACUUGUUUCUGUUCAUCACACUAGGGAUGAAAUCACAAAAUCUAUCAGUAUUUGGUUCAUGUUUCAAAAAACAAAAUAUGUUUGGGAUGAUGACAAGAGAAGAUUUAACGGAGUGCAGUUUCCAGUGGACUCAACAUUUGGAGAGUAUAUGGAAUGGAAAGGAUAUCAAGAGGACCAGGAUGUUACUAAUGCCGACAUGAGAUAUGGAAGAAAUAAGUUGGAAAUGGUGGUUCCAGAAUUCAUGGAACUCUUCAAAGAACGAGCUACUGCUCCUUUUUUUGUAUUCCAAGUAUUUUGUGUGGCUCUAUGGUGUUUGGAUAAAUAUUGGUUUUAUUCUCUAUUUACACUAGUCAUGCUCAUUCUAUUUGAAUGCACCCUUGUUCAGCAACAGUUGCGUAAUAUGGCAGAGAUUCGUAAAAUGGGCAAUAAACCAUACAACAUUCAGGUUUAUCGAAAUCGAAGAUGGCGACCUGUUUACACUGAUCAAUUGGUUCCUGGUGAUAUAGUCUCCAUUGCAAGGUCGCAGAAUGAUAAUUAUGUCCCUUGUGACUUGUUACUUUUGCGUGGACCAUGCAUUGUUGAUGAAAGCAUGUUGACAGGUGAAUCCGUUCCCCAAAUGAAAGAACCCAUUGAAAACCUGGAGCCAACUCGCGUUCUGGAAAUGGAAUCUGAUGGUAAACUUCAUGUGUUGUUUGGUGGUACCAAAGUUGUGCAACACACUCCACCCAGUAAAUCAUCUGCUGGACUUCGUGCUCAAGAUAAUGGUUGUGUUGCUUAUGUUUUACGAACCGGUUUCAAUACCUCUCAAGGAAAACUACUUCGCACUAUUCUUUUUGGAGUGAAAAGAGUUACUGCUAAUAAUUUGGAAACCUUUGGCUUUAUUCUCUUCCUCCUUGUUUUUGCCAUUGCUGCAGCAAGUUAUGUUUGGAUAAAAGGCACAGAAGAUCCAACAAGGAACCGUUACAAACUUUUCUUAGCUUGUGCUCUGAUCCUUACGUCAGUUGUUCCUCCUGAGUUACCUAUUGAACUAUCAUUAGCAGUAAACACAUCACUUUUAUCUCUAUCUAAAUUAGUUGAAAUCUGUUGCUUUGACAAGACUGGCACUCUCACUAGUGAUAAUCUUGUAGUAGAGGGAAUUGCUGGGUUGUCAGGAAAGCCCAAUGUUGUACCAAUAACAGAUGCUCCACUAGAAAGUGUGCAAGUGCUAGCCACUUGCCAUGCCCUAGCACAGUUAGAUGAUGGUCUUGUUGGAGAUCCCCUUGAGAAAGCAACUCUCAUGGCUGUUGAGUGGAAUCUCACAAAAGGUGAUGCUGUAAUACCCCCAAGGCGCGGGAAAGCUCCAGGAAUGAAGAUUUUUUAUCGCCAUCACUUUUCGUCAGCUUUAAAGCGAAUGUCUGUAAUAGCUGGAUAUACACUGCCUGGUAGUACAGACACAACAUACAUUACCACUGUUAAAGGAGCCCCAGAAACUCUCAAAUCUAUGUUCUCAAAUAUACCUCACAAUUAUGAUUCUGUAUAUUUGGAAUUGUCUCGGCGAGGUGCACGUGUAUUGGCUUUAGGCUGGAAAGAAAUAGGUCGUCUUACUCCUCAGCAAAUUCGUGAUUUGAAUCGCCAAGAAUUGGAGUGCAAUUUAACUUUUGCUGGAUUUGUAAUCAUUUCUUGCCCAUUAAAAAAUGACUCAAAGAGUGUGAUCAAAGAACUUCUCAAUGCUUCUCAUCUUGUGGUAAUGAUAACAGGGGACAAUCCAUUAACAGCUUGUCAUGUAGCUAAAGAGCUGCGUUUUACCCAGAAGGCAAGCACUUUGAUUUUAACAGAAACUGAUGAAGAAUGGGUGUGGGAAAGCAUUGACCAAACCCAGCAGUUACCUGUAUUACCUGAAACAUAUAAGGACUUGGUCCAUAAAUAUGAUCUCUGUGUUACUGGAGAGGGUUUGACGUAUUUGAAUGAACAUCACCACAGUUUUCUUUAUCAUAUUUUACCACAUAUAUCAGUAUUUGCAAGAGUAGCUCCUAAGCAAAAGGAAUUUGUAAUAGUAGCAUUAAAAUCAUUAGGUUACACGACCCUUAUGUGUGGUGAUGGUACUAAUGAUGUUGGUGCCCUCAAACAUGCAGAAGUGGGUGUUGCAAUUCUCUCAAAUGCACCCGAGCGACUUCCUGAUAAGAAGAAAGAUCGUGAACGUGACCGCGAACGUGAUCGUGAGCGUGAACGGGAGAAGGAACGCGAGCGAAGGGCUGCUACAAAUUCUACUCCUCACAGUCGGCAGAGUGCUGCAAUUGCUACACACUCCCACUUACAAAAGUUAUUGAAAGAAAUAGAAGAACAAGAACAAGCUCAGAUAGUGAAACUUGGUGAUGCUAGUAUAGCAGCACCCUUUACAUCAAAAUUAGCAUCUAUAAUGUGCAUUUGUCAUGUGAUUAAACAGGGUCGUUGCACUCUUGUCACAACAUUGCAGAUGUUUAAAAUUUUAGCAUUAAAUGCUCUCAUCCUGGCUUACAGCCAAUCGGUUUUAUAUCUAGAUGGAAUAAAAUUUAGUGAUAUGCAAGCAACGCUACAGGGCCUCCUCCUAGCUGCAUGCUUCUUGUUUAUAUCUAGAUCAAAGCCAUUACGAACACUCUCUCGGCAGCGACCAUUACCUAACAUUUUCAAUCUCUACACUAUUCUUACAGUUCUUCUGCAAUUUAUAGUUCAUUUUAUAUGUCUAAUAUAUUUAGUACAACAAGCUACCCUUCGAUCACCUACAAAGCCUAAUAAACCUGUAGAUAUUGGAGGAGAAGAAGAUGAAGAAUUUACUCCCAGUUUGCUAAAUAGUACUGUUUACAUUAUAUCAAUGGCACUUCAAGUCUCUACUUUUGCCAUCAACUAUCGGGGUCACCCAUAUAUGGAAAGUCUAGCAGAGAAUAAAGCUCUUUUAUACAGUAUUGUUGGAUCAGCUGGUGCUAUUCUUGCACUUGCCAUGGGUAUUGUUCCAGAUGUAGCAAACCAAUUUGAAAUUGUCGACUUUCCAUCAGAAUUUCGUUUCAUCCUUGUCCAAGUCCUGUUUGCUGACUUUGCAUUGUCUUUCCUGGUCGAUAGAAUUUGCCUUUGGCUUCUGGGCGAAGGUAGAUUACGAAUCAAUUGAAACAGCAGAGUUGUUUCCUGUCUCAGUCAAAUGAUCACAUGUUAUCUACGAGCUCAAUGUCAGGACAGUCGUGCAGCUCUGGUACAGUGUGAAGUGUUUGGGUGAUGGUUGUCACUUGUUUGUUGACAGUAUUCUAAUCAGUAUCAAUAGACACAAUUUUGUUAUCUUCAUUUGACAAAACUUAUUGGCAGUUCAUCUGCAAUUUUAAGAAUUCCUGUGGAACUUGAAGAUGCAAUAUUUCUGGUAAAUCAGCUUCUUUUUUUUUUUUGUGUGAAGUAAAUUGAAAAUCCUGUAUGUUGCAAGUUCUACCCAUUUUCAAUUAUAGUAUGGGAUGUGUGAAGUGAUUGUAAAUAAACUGUACAUUAAUUUGAAUUAAAAACCAAAAUUUAAUGUUAUUGAUAUUUUGACCAUAGCUUUGUUUGAAAUAAUGUAUACAGAUAAUUUUGUGUGUAAUUUCUAUGUAUUCACUGUUGAAUUACUGAUCUCAUGUGAAGUAAUGUUUGCAAUAAUGAUGCAUCUCAAGAACAAAUACAUCGACUUUGAUCAAAGUUAUCUGAACAUUACGUUGCUGUGCACAUAUUGUUUAGCCCACAACUUCUUGUUCUUUAAAAAUAUUUGUUUCAUUUUUACCUCUUAAAAAAUGAGUUUACUUGCUCUUCUGACAUUGCUGAGCAGAUUCUGCAUUUACACUCAAGGACUGAUAUGACUGUAAGCUCAGCAAAAUAACUCACAUGUGAGCCCUUAUUUGCAAACUGAAUUUCCAGUGUGCUUUGGAGAGAGUGUUUGAUGAUAGUCACACAAUUCUGCAUUGAAUGGUCAACCUGGAAACCCUUGUUCCAUACACUCGUUGGCUCGUAAUAAAUGUAUUUUGCUUCUAACUGCAUUCUUAUUUGUAUAUAUAUUUAAUUUGAUUUUUCAUUUCAUAAUUUACUCAAUGAUAACAUCCUAAUUUUUAAGUAAGAGAAUUUGUUGG